AUGACGCCCAAGGCGCCAGCCUCCAAAGAGGCCGCCCCGCCCUUGGCGCCAAAGGCGCCGAGGCUGCCAUCUGCGCUGAAUCGGCUUUGGGCGAUCCCAUGCCGGCGUCGCGAGACUCGCCUCGCGGCGAUCGCGGCACCCCCGGAUGCCGACCUCGCCGCCGCGGCGCCGAUCGCUCCCAAGCUGGAGAUCGACGCGCGGGGGGCGGAGCGGGUGGCCUGGCGGGAAUCCGGAUGGAAUUACUGGGAUUGGGAUGGCAAGCGCGUGCAUUACAUCUCCGCGGGAGACAAGGGGAGUCCCGUCGUGCUGAUCCACGGCUUCGGCGCCUCGGCGUACCACUACCGGUACAACAUACCGGAGCUGGCCAAGCGGCACCGGGUGUUCGCGGUGGACCUGUUGGGCUUUGGGCUUAGCGAGAAAGUGGUCACGGACUACUCCGGCGCCCGGCUGUGGACGGAUGAGAUCGCGGCGUUUUUGCGGGAAUUUGUCGGCGAGCCGGCUGUGCUGGUGGGCAACUCGCUGGGCGGCUACGUGGCCUUCGCGGCGGCCGCGCGCCACCCGGAGCUGGUGCGCGGAGUGGUGGGGAUCAAUGCUGCUGGCUUCUUCGAGGAUGCGGAAAAUUCUAAGGUGGAGAACAACAAGGUUGGAGGGUGGAUUGGAGAAGUGAGGGACUACCUGGCGGAUGCAUUCAGGAAGGGCGCGCUGACGUUCGCGUUCUACAGGGCCAAGCGGCCGGGGCGGAUCCGGCAGGUGCUGGAGACGGUGUACCUGUCGAAGGCCAACCUGGACGAGGACCUGGUGCGGUCGAUCGCGCUGCCCGCGGAGGACCCUGCCGCGGCUGAGGUGUUCGCACGCGUGGUGAACACGACGGCGUUCCAGGAGCGGGUGUCGCUGGACUCGCUGUUCGCGCAAAUGGACACGCCCAUGCUGCUGCUGUGGGGAGACAAAGACCCUUGGAUGACGCCCGCCAAGGCAGACAAGAUGCUGCAAUUGUAUCCCAGAGGGAUCAAGAUCGGUGUCGAUGCCGGCCAUUGUCCCCAUGACGAAGCCCCGGAGGCUGUGAACGAGGCGCUCAUCGGAUGGCUGAAUAAAGUUGACCGGCUGUGA